AUGCCUCGAUGUCCGUGGGGAGCCAUUGCCCCUGCUGUUCGCAGAGUGAAAUGGCCUGCGAUAUCCCGUAGUCGUGGUAGUCGUAGCAGUCGCAGUCGUAGUGUCGCCGCUCGGAUCCUCCUUCCGCGCUGGGGCAUCACUAUCAGUGGCAUGAGCAUCAUCUCGCUGCUGCAGUGGCCAAUCGUUCGAGCGCCGUCGUUUGGCCGAGUGAACGGAUGGCGACCUGCUCCGGGCGGGAGGAUGGUCCAGCUCGUCUGCAUCAUCGAAGCGACCCGACUCAUCAGUGCUGAACCCGGAAUCAAGGCUGGAUUCGCUGACAUUGCGCGCGUGCUUGCGAGCCUGGGCUUCACGGGCCGCAUGGUCAGCGCAAGUGGACUGCAGGGUCUGCUCGAGCUGACGGUCGGUCUCCAGAGGGUCGAGGUCCAUGAUCGUGGUGGUGCAUCCGAGAUCCGAGGCCAACUGUUGUCCGGGGGGGGAAAUGAUGGGUCAGAUCUUUUGGUUCACACAGGAUCCGCCCGCGCAAGGGAGAAAAAGAGUGGAUGCUAUCAAGUAAAGAGCGACUUACCUCGGUCGCAGCUUCGCGAUCCGUCAUCCCGUCAGUCACAACGUUCCACUUCCACGGGUAAGUAUGGAAGGAUGGAGCAUUGGACACCAGAGCCAGCGAGACAAUGGAUAAAUAAAGAGACAGGCCGCGUGAACCAGAGCGAUGGAGACAGCCAACAGGGAAGCGAACAGACGGGGAAGCCGGAGUGGGGAAGAUAG